AUGGCAACUCUCUGGCCAGGCCCUGGCCAAGCCCUGGCGCUGCGGGCACAUGAUCUAGCCAAGGAACUGCAGGCCACCGGCCGCAGGGUUACUAUAUGCUGGGUGCCAGGCCAUAAGGGGGUCCCAGGCAACGAAGAGGCCGAUAAAGCCGCCAAGAAAGCUGCGGGGAAGCCCCGAACAGGCAAAUACUCGGGCAUCUCACUGGCACAUGCUCAACGGGCCUGUACCGAAGCUUAUAGAGCUGCCAGGGCCAACUGGCUUGCUGCAAAGCUUGCAAAGCGUGCCCAGCGGGCAAGCCAGGCCUACUAUCCCCCCCGGGGAUGGAAGCUUGACCCAAUGUUGGCGAACACCCCCAAGCACCUAGCGCGGCGAUAUUACCAGUUCAAGACUGGCCACGCACCAAUUGGGGCCUAUUUGCACCGAAUUAAGGCCCGAGACUUCCCUAAUUGCUUGGGGUGCUCUAGGGGGACUGAGACGGUAAGACACCUUCUUACAAACUGUCGACAGUGGUGCCACCAGCGGGAAAAACUAUAUGCCGGCUUGGCCGAAGCGGGGGUAAAGGCCCUGCAGGAUAGCGAGCAGUGCCCCGAAGCACGCCUAUUCCAGGACCCAAAGGCCACUACAGCGCUGCUGGCGUUUAUAGGGGCCAUUAGGGAGCGAGAGGAUAACCAACAGGCCUGGGAGCAGGCCUAUAAGACUGAUAAUUGGGGCAUUGAGGCCCUGGAUGAGGGAGAGCGAGAGGGGGAAGGAUAG